AUGGCAACGACAAAUUCGUUGAAUUUGAUGGAGACUGCUUUGACUACAUGCGAUAGUAUCGCGAUCUUCAAACGAUUUCUGUCAAAAACUCAAGAUUCCUACAAACAAGAAUUCGAGGCAUUAUCACAAAUACUAGAAGAGAUUGACAAUAUAUUAAGAACAAAUCCCAAUUCUGAUUUUCAAGCUGAUUCAUCAUUUUGGAGUCCAUGGUUUUCUGUAUUGAAUAAAACAUUUGAUCCAUUAGCUGAUCUUUUAACUAAAAUUAUCAAGAAGAAUGAAAAAUCUCUUGAUAAAAAUUCACAUAGUCAAAUUCAAGUAUAUCAACAACAACUCAAUGCGAUCAUUGACAAUUACAAGGUCCAUUCACAAACUAAAAGUAAGAAAGCAAUCGCAUGA